AUGAAGAUCCUUUCCUUUCUCUCAGGUGUUCUCUUCUUCGUGCUGAUGGCAGUUCUAGUUUUUUCUGCUGCACCAAGAACUGCCUCUGAUUGUGACAAGGCGGGUGGAAAAUGCAUGUUUCUGACAUGCAAAACAAAUUAUACAUCCAUUGGAAGUUGUGAUAAAAAUGGAGGUGUUUGCUGCAAAAAAAAUGCAUAAUACCAGAGUGUUGUCCACUCACCAUGGCUAUCCGAGUUCCAUUGAUGAGGGGUGCACUGACCCAGAU